AUGGGGACCACAGCCUCAGACCCAGCAGGUGGAGCAUUUCAGAUGGGAACCCGGCGCCAAUUGGUAACCAGACUCUCCUUGCAGCUUAAGGGUGACUGUGUUUAUAAGAUCCCCACAGGGAAACGUGCACCACCAGGCGGUCCCUCCAACAUUUUAAUACUUGGGGAUCCAAUUAACUCUCCGGGACAAGUCCAUAUAACACCUGAAAUCCAGACCUUACACCCAGGAGAUGAAAUUUUCAUCUCUUUAACUUGCACAGACCCUCCUUAUUUUUUAAAACAGCAGACUCCAGUGGCACAAGCCUUUUUGUUACCAAAUGACUGUCCGGAACAGGUUCCCCUCAAUCCCACCACCAUGUGGACUCAGGUUGUGGGCUCCAACAAGCCUAUCAUGGAAUGCAGCCUGUUCUGUAAAGGGGAAAAGAUCCAUCGCCCAGGAAUGCUGGACACAGGAGCGGACGUUACCAUCAUUGCCCAUUCCGAGUGGCCAGCCAACUGGGAAUUGCGGCCUGUGGUGGGGAUGAUUUUGGGAAUUGAGGGAGUGGCAGUAUCUAUGAGAAGCAGGCACAAUGUAAUAGUAGAAGGUCCCGAGGGAAAAAUGGCGACCAUCCGGCCAUUUGUUGUGAGGUCACCAAUCACCCUCUGGGGAAGGGAUCGCCUAUCCCAAUGGGGGGCUUCUUUACAUAUUCCCAUGUGGGUUGAUCAGUGGCCCCUUUCCAAAACCAAACUGCGCAUACUAGAAGCCCUUGUGGAGGAACAGCUCGCCAAGGGCCACAUUACAGAGACCAACAGCCCUUGGAACUCCCCUGUCUUUGUUUUAUGCAAACCAGGCAAAGACAGGUGGAGACUCCUCUAUGACCUCCGAAAAAUCAAUGAGGUCAUUGAGGAUAUGGGCCCCCUCCAGCCUGGUAUGCCCUCACCUUCCAUGCUUCCUCGGGACUGGAAGCUUGCAAUCAUAGACAUCAAAGAUUGCUUUUUUAACAUCCCUCUCCAUCCUCGAGACGCCCCCAGGUUUGCAUUUUCAGUUCCCUCCCCAAACAGACAGGCGCCUCUAAAAAGGUACCAUUGGCUUAUUCUCCUGCAAGGGAUGAAAAAUUCUCCCACCAUCUGCCAAUGGUACGUAGCCCACAUCCUAUCUGUGGUGAGGGUCCUGUUCUCAGACGCAGUUAUAUUACAUUACAUGGAUGACAUCUUGGUUUGUGCCACUGAUGAUGACUACCUCCACCGGACUUUGCAAAAGACUAUAAAGACAAUUGAGGAUGCUGGGUUUGAGAUCCACGAAGACAAAAUCCAGUACACCUGCCCUCGGACCUACCUUGGACUCCGGAUUCAUGAACGGACCGUCGUGCCCCAGCAGCUGACCAUCAGAGACUACCCCAAGACCCUGCGGGACCUACAUCAGCUCUGCAGGUCCAUCAACUGGGUAUGUCCUCUGCUUGGGAUAACGACAGAAGUCCUCGCCCCCCUCUUCAAUCUGCUCUGCGGCAGCGAGGAAGGACCUUGA